AUGUCGAUGAAAGCCGUCGUCUACAAAGGUCCUUUCACCGUCGCGGUCGAGUCUGUGCCCAAGCCCGCAAUCCAGCAUCCUAACGAUGUUAUUAUCAAAGUAACGACUACUGCUAUUUGCGGGUCGGACUUGCACAUGUACGAGGGGCGUAUAGGUGCAGAGGAGGGUAUCGUGUUUGGACAUGAGAACAUGGGGAUUGUGGAGGAAGUUGGGCCAGGCGUUGCUCUUCUGAAGAAAGGCGACCGUAUCGUACUCCCAUUCAACGUCGCCUGCGGUCAUUGCAAGAACUGCGAACGCUCUCUUACCGCCUUCUGCCUGACGGUGAAUCCUGGCUUCGCAGGAGGUGCCUACGGGUACGUUAGCAUGGGGCCGUAUGCCGGAGGACAGGCGCAAUACUUGCGCGUACCCUGGGCCGACUUCAAUGCCCUUCUGUUGCCACCGGGGAAGAAAUGGGAAGAGGAUUUCAUUCUUCUAGCGGACAUCUUCCCCACAGGCUGGCAUGGGGUCACCCUCAGCGGGUUCAGACCAGGAGAGAGUGUUGCAGUCUGGGGUGCAGGGCCUGUUGGGCUCAUGGCAGCCUACAGCGCAAUUCUGCGAGGUGCUUCCUCUGUGUAUGUGGUUGAUCGUGUGCCCGAACGCUUGGAGAAAGCACGGCAACUCGGAUGUGUACCUGUCGACUUCACCGUCUCCGACCCUGUGGACCAGAUCAUCCAAAAGAACGGAGGGAUGGUUGACCGCGCUGUUGACGCUGUGGGAUACCAGGCUGUUGCCGCCGAUGGGAAGAAGGAACAGGCGAAUGCCGUCUUGAGCGCGUUGAUACAGGUUGUACGCCCUACCGGUGGCCUCGGCAUCCCCGGAUUGUACGUCCCCGCCGAUCCUGGAGCAGCAGACGAAGCAACGAAGAACGGAAACUUGACCCUGCCUUUUGGGAAACUGUUUGAAAAGGGGUUGUCGUUGGGCACGGGUCAGGCGAACGUCAAGAGUUAUAAUCGGGAGCUGAGGAAUUUGAUUUUGAGGGAUCUAAUUGUGAGCGGGAAAGCGAAGCCGAGCUUCGUUGUGAGUAAGAGCGUGGAGAUCGAUGAUGCUCCCGAUGCGUAUGAGAAAUUCGACAAGAGGGUGGAAGGGUAUACUAAGGUUCUCAUCCAUCCAAAUGGAUGGUGA